AUGGAUAGUCCACCGACCAUUGUCAUUGCACCUGAACCUCCGCCUUUCCCAGCUCCACCAAGAAGUGUAGAUUUGUCCCCUCUUGAAUUCAUUCUUGCUCUCAUAGCUGUUAUCGCCAUUCCUGCUUUGAUCUACACCUUUUUCUUCUCCGUCAAGUGCCCUCCUCCUCCUUUCAGGAGGCGUUACCGGAGCAGCAACACUUCUAAUUUCUCCGACACACUUUCUGUAGCUGAAAGCAACGAAUUAAACACGACUGGUGAUCAGAAGGAGCAUGUCAAGUAUCAGAAAGAGACACAUGGGAAGGAUAUUGGAAGUGAAUGUCCGGUUUGUUUGUCAGUGUUUUCUGAUGGGGAAGAAGUGAAGCAACUAAGUGUGUGCAAGCACUCCUUUCAUGCUGCUUGUAUUCAGAUGUGGCUCAAUUCUAAUUCCAACUGUCCUGUUUGUCGAGCUUCUGUUGCUCCUGCUCCUGCUCCUGUCAAGCAUCCUAAUAGCAGCAAUAAUAAUAAUCGGCCCACCAGUGUUUCUUCUACAUCCAGAAGAAAUAAUGUUGACGAUCUCCAGCAAGGAUUGCCGGAUGCGGCUAGUUUGGUUUGA